CCCCCCCCCCCCCCCCGCCCUAUUGUCAGCCGGUCAAAUUGUUGUUGUCAUGGACGUUGUUGACAAGUUUGACUUUUCUACGUUUGCUGCCAACUCGUUGGCGAAUGUGAUGAAGACCGGCAAAUUGCGGGCCAACAGCGAGCUCCUCGCUCCGCCGCUGCCACGGCCGAACGCAGCCAUGAUGUCCAAGGCUGCCUUGCAUUCAGGCUCGGGCCAAGCCACUACGCUUGCUCCCCAAGACUCGCAACUUGGUGCAAGAUCGCCUGGAUCUAUCUCGCAAUCGUUGUCAGAUGCGUCGGGAUCCGAUCCGGACGAGCCGCCGGCCAAGCGGCAAAAGAAGUGGAACCUCAUGCCGUUCUCAGAACUCAUCAACAGGGCACAACACCAUGCUCUCAAGGCAACCAGCGCGCGUGUGGCGGAUGCUGGUCUUGCCGCCGCCGCUGCUGUUGUCCGCGAGUCCUCCGGCGGCUCGGUCCGCAACCGGUCGCACACUCCGCCGACCGCCCCGGUCGCGGUCGGCGUUACGGCUGGCGAGAGUGGCAACGUGCCGACGCCUAACGAAGCCGCCGCCCUCUUCCCGGCCGCCGUUGCUGCUGCCGCUGCCGCCGCAGGCCACAUUAACCCGACGGUGCCGAUCCAUCCGACACAGGCGCAGCAGCUGGCCCAACAGGCCAAGCUUGCGCAGAUGCAGGCGCAGGCCGCAGCCCAUGCUCAGGCGCAGCAGGCGCAGCAGCUGCUCAUUCUUCAGCAGCAGCAGCUGCAGCAGCAACAGCUCAUGCUGCAGCGGCUGAAGGAGGCCGAGUGGAUCCGCCAGCAGCAGCAGGCACAGCAGCAGGCGCAGCAGCAGGCGCAGCAGCUGUACAUGAUGGGCUUGGGUGGUUCGUCACUCGGCAUGUCGAUGGGCAUGGGAACCAUGCAGCAGCCGCUCUAUCCCACGUCGUCGCCAUCGCCGUUUGGCAACCCGAUGCACGCGCAGCAGAUGCUCUCGUCGCAGUUUGGCUCGUACAUUUCUUCGUCGCAGGCCAUGGGCAUGAUGUCUAUGGGCACGCCCUCCUCGUCGAACUCAAUGAUGGCUAUGCAGGCCCAGAGCGCUGUUGCUCCUCCUGUCUAUCAAGGUCAGCACGCGUUUCCGCUGCUUGCCCCGCCGCACACCAUGCCGGCACCGUCGCCGCUUCAAUCAGCGCCUGUACCGGCGUCUGCUCUGCCGCCCGCCCGCCCGUUCCCACCUGCCAAGCAGGCCAAGCAGGCCGAGAAGGCCAAGCAAGCCAAGCAGGCCAAGACAACAGCAUCACCCAAGUCGUCGCGCAAGCGCAAGCGCUGUGCACCGGCUGCCGCCACUGCUGCUUCCUCCUCGGCCGCCGACCGCCAGGCGCUCGAGGCUCUGCUUUCGUUCACCAGCUGAGCACGCCUGCCACGCCUCCUUUAUCUCCUGCUUGCCACCUCCUUGCACCUUGUUCGUACCCUAGAACUCAUACACGGCCUCGACUGCAAUCUGGAAUGCAUCGAACGGCUCCUGGUUCUUGGUCUCCACCACAAUGGUGAGCACGACCUCCCUGCCCGACUCGAUCUCCAUGUAAACUGCUGCACGCCCGA